AUGGAGAACGACCGAGAUUUCGCUCUUCCCGAUGGUGUCGAGGGCAAUGCUGACUCAACCUUUGCCCAGUACAACAUGGCCAACCACACUCAGCUUUUGGCUGGUAUUCGACUACCGGCCAUCGACAUGUCUAGUUUCAAGAUGAACCCGUCUACUAUUCAGAUGUUGGGCAAUAAUGCUUUCCGGCGUAGGCCGAACGAAGACCCGAAUGCACAUCUAACUCGCUUUAAGAUGAUGUGUCAUUCUAUCAAGAGAGAUAACAGGGUGAUAGAGAAUACACUCCGACUGAUUGCUUUUCCUUGGACUCUCUUGGAUGCUGCUUUGGAAUGGUGCUACGAUCUGACACCCGAUUCCAUCCACACUUGGGAACAGCUGGAAGUGCAGUUUAUGUCAAAAAUUUUCCCAGCUCACCGCACUCAAGCAGCUCUUUCUGGCAUUCAUUCAUUCAAGCAGGAUCAUGGGGAAAGCCUUUAUAAAGCUUGGAAGAGGUACAAAGGAUAUCAGAAGUCUUGCCCUUAUCACGGGCUUGACAAGAACUACUUGAUCAACACCUUCUUCCGAGGACUCAGAAUGGAUACCAAGACUUUGAUCCGAGCUUCGUGUGGUGGGAGCAUCCAGAACAAGUCAUUCGCUGAGCUAGAAGAUCAUAUUGAGAUGAUGGCCCAAGAAGAAGACACCCCGAACGAGUACUCUAGAGAUCCGCCAAGGGAAUGCAAUGAUCACACAAUACAGAUGGUUCUUGAACAAUUGGCUGUCCUCAAUGCUAAGUUCGAAGAUUCCAACCGACCCUCUAGGACCAAGCAUUUGAUGCCAACACAAGAGGAGCUUGGUAUGUACGCGUUGGAUGAGAGAGUCGAAGGUGUGAACUACGUGGUCAAUAACGCCUACUCGAACACGUACAAUCCAGGGUGGAAGAAUCAUCCCAAUCUCUCCUACAAGUCAAACAAUGUGGAGAAUCUCGUGCCGAACAACUUCAGAGCAUCCGACAAAUCGAACCAGAGGAUUCCUUCCAGUUUUGCUUUUCAAUCCAGGGGUAAACCUGAGACUAACCCCCGUGAACAUGUCAAUGCGAUUACUUUGAGAAGUGUGCCUCCUCCUCCUAGGCCACCACCAGUACCAUUCCCAUCUCGCCUGAGGAAACACAACGAAGAUAGCCAAUUUGCAAAGUUCAUUGAGAUGCUGAAGAAACUCGAGGUAACCAUGCCAUUCACUGAUGCUAUUUUGCAGGUUCCCUCGUACACGAAGUAUUUGAAGGACAUCCUGACUAAAAAGAGGGUCGUUGAGAAAGAAACCGUAGCGCGUACUGCCAAAUGCAGCGCUUUGAUCCAACACAAGCUUCUGCUUAAGCGGCCUGAUCCAGGUAGUUUCUCAAUCCCUUGUAAAUUGGGUAAUGUUUCCAUCGAUCGUUCACUCUGUGAUCUAGGAGCCGGCGUCAGUCUUCUUCCAUUAUCAAUCUUACAGAAGUUGAAUGUGGGUGAGCUAAAGCCCACUAGAAUGUCUCUUCAACUUGUCGAUCGUUCCGUUAAACACCUGCUGGGAUACUUGAGGAUGUGCCACUGA